AUGGAUGGUGCUUUUCCCGGGUUUUCUUCUGGAAGUGGACGACAUAUAAAUCCAAUUUCCGAGGAAUCCAUUAACAGAAUACGAGGUCUUUUUGAUGAUAAUGAUAAAAUUCGUAAAGAUUCAGGAAGUUCACUGGGAUUUUCUUCGGUUACCACUCCAAAGAAACAUUCUGGGUUUUCUUCUGGUAGUGGACGCCAUGUAAAUCCAAUUUCCGAGGAGUCAAUCAACAGAAUACGAGGUCUUUUUGACGAUGAUGAAGAAAUUUGUAAAGAUCCAGGAAGUUUACUGGGGUUUUCUUCGGUUAGCACUCCGAUGAAACUUUCUGGGUUUUCUUCUGGAAGUGGACGACAUAUAAAUCCACUUUCCGAGGAAUCAAUUAACAGAAUACGAGGUCUUUUUGACGAUGAUGAUGAAGUUUGUAAAGAUCCAAGAAGUUUACUGGGAUUUUCUUCGGUUAACACUUCGAAGAAACUUUCUGGAUUUUCUUCUGAUGGUGGAUGUUACAUAAGCCCAAAAAAACGAAAAAUAUUACAUCAAAACCAAAAUAUUAUAAACAAUCAAGAUUGUUUACCUGCGGUACAGCCUAGAAUUGAUUAUUCGGAAAAACGAAAAAUAUUACAUAAAAACCAAAAUAUUAUAAACAGUCAAGCUUGUUUACCUGAG